AUGAUUACAGAAUUGUACAAUAAUAGCGUUGGUGAAACAAAAUCAGAAUGGGAUGUCACAAAAUCUAUCAAAAUUCUUCCCCAUUCACGAAUUUGUUUUUUAUUCGACCCCAGUUAUGAAUAUGUCGUAACGUUGUGGUCAAUUUGGAGAACAAACGCCGUUGCUGUUCCACUCAGCACAUCACACCCAACUAAAGAACUCAAGUACUACAUUGACGAUUGCAAAUGUGAUAUGGUGAUUUAUCAGCCAGAUAAAAAGCACCUAUUAGAGCCACUAUUUGCAGAGUUAAAGCAUGUAAAAUUUAUUGAAUAUGAUCAUAGUAUCUUGUCAAGGAAUGAAAUCGAACACGAGGUACCUCAAGUGAUUGAUUUGAAAAGAAAUGACCAAGAUGAUGGAUGUCUCAUAAUCUACACUUCCGGAACUACAGGAAAUCCUAAGGGUGUAGUUUACACAUAUUCCAAUUUAUUGAAUCAACUUGAUGUACUUGUGAAUGCAUGGGGUUGGAGCGAGAAGGAUCAUAUUCUCCAUGUGUUACCCCUUCAUCAUGUCCAUGGAAUUACCAAUGCCUUGUGUUGUGCAUUGUAUGCUGGAGCUACUGUUCAAUUCUGCAAAUUUAAUCCCAAUAUUGUUUGGAAAAAACUUAGUAAUAUCGAAAAAGAAAAUGUAGAAAAGAUUGGAAAGGAAAUUAAUGUUUUUAUGGCAGUUCCAACAAUUUAUGUCAAGCUCAUUCACUUGUACGAAGAACUACCCAAAGAUCUACAGGAGAAAUAUUCUAAAGAAAUUAAGCGGAUGAGAUUAAUGGUAUCUGGAAGUAGUGCAUUACCUACUCCAGUAUUUUCAAAGUGGCAGGAAAUAACCUCCCAUGCACUUCUCGAACGCUAUGGCAUGAGUGAAAUCGGUAUGGCGCUCUCGAAUCCCUAUACACCACAAAGCAAACGAAAAAUGGGCAUGAGAAGAGAUUACGUCUCCAAACCAACCAGGAGAGCUUUAGUGUUAGGCCCAAGUGUGUUUAAGGAAUAUUUUAACAGAUCUGAGGCAACCAAGAAAACCUUUACAAGUGACGGAUGGUUUAUUACGGGUGAUACAGCGUUGUUUGAUGAAGACGGAUAUUACAAAAUUUGUGGAAGGACCAGUGUUGACAUUAUUAAGAGCGGUGGAUAUAAAAUAUCCUCUCUCGACAUUGAAAGAGUCAUACUUGGAAUGAGUAAGGUCAAGGAAUGUGCAGUAGUUGGUAUUCAUGACGAAGAGUAUGGUGAAAGAAUCGGUGCCAUUGUUGUACUUCGUCACAGCAACGACACUCUAACUUUGGAGGAACUACAAGAAUUCUGUUCCAAAGAAUUGGCUCGAUACAAACUACCCACUCGUUUGAUUGUACUUCAACAAGAAAUUCCAAAAAACGCAAUGGGAAAGGUCAGUAAAAAGCCACUGGCCUCUCUGUUUGAACAGACAGAAGCUCAACACAAACAUCCUCACGACAAGCAUUUACAACACUUACUUCAUUCGCCUCAUCAUGGAUCUAACAAGUAG